AUGUCACACGGAGGGCUUUCUAGAUCCUCUAUGUUCUCUCAGAUUGUGACAGCAGCAAAGGGGUUAUUUUCUCGACAGGACUCCGACGAAUCUUCCCUCAAAAAUCUGCGCCCUACAGCUACUAUCACCACCUCCGGCGCCCCAUCUGGAAUCAAAAGCAGCCCCAACAUACCCAAAAUGGUCACAGCAACAAGACAGCGGAAAUUCCCCGCUGAGCGACAACAAUCCUCGACAGAGCCCGAAGUCAAUGGAUCGAAUGGAAAGCGCAAGUCCGAACCCGUGGGCGCUGAACCCACUGAGACUCAGAGCAAGAACAAGCGGCGGAAGAGAAGCAGUCUAGAGGCGACGACACAAGAAUCGGAGAGCAAACCUUCGAGUAACAAGAAGUCGAAGAAGAUGACGGAACCGACUGAGGAGCCUGAGGAACAGCAAGAGGAGGAAAAGAAACCUUCAGCAGCGCCGGCGGCGAAGAAGCACUUCCGCUUUGAUAGCGAGGAGCCGGAAAUCCCGGAGGUUGCGGCUGUUGAGGAUACCACGGAGGCGCAACAGGAUCAGGAUGAUGAGAGCAGUGAUGAUGAUGAGGCCCCAGAGACGGUCGACAACUCUGCACAGCUGUCGAAGAUGAGGAUGGAAGCUAAGAAGCAGGAACGGGCUAGGCAAAUAGAGGAGCAAUUGAAGCGGGACAAACGGAAACAGUUGGAUGAGUUGCGCAAAUCCCAGGCGAAGUUGGCGAAGAAAAAGGAAGCAAAGGCCGAAGAUCUGUUGUCGGAAAGCACAGAGACCCUCCAAGGAACUACUACGCAAGAUGCACGACGCUCGGCCCUCCCUGCUCUUCUUCCCGAUGAUAUCCUCAAUGCGGCCCCCGAUGUCCGGCCCCCGACACCUCCCGCGGAAGAGAGGACUAUCAUGCAGAAGAAGCCCAACAAGCUACGAUUCUUGGACAAGAAGGAGAAGCCGCCGAAGGAUGCGCGGGUGGGAGAUGUUACUAUCCGGGUGUUGGAUGAUGGUGUAUCCAGGAAGCCCUCAAAGACGGUUCUGCCGCCUAAGGCCUCAAAAACCGGGCGCAAUGCCAAGCAGAAUUGGCUGAACAAAUCCCGCAACACAGGCGCUUUGAAUGGGUUGAGAAGGACGACUGGCGGUUCCUCGGGAUUCGUGCGCAAAUAG